GCUAAUUGUCUAGUGUAACGGGACAAAAACAACUAAAUACUAAUUAAUAAUGAUAUUAUAGAUCGGAUCAUCGUUGACGCCAAAAAUCACGAAAAUAUUUGGAGUAUCACACCAAUGCCCUACAAAAAAAACCUCUCUCGGUUUAUGCUUUGACUUCCACGACUUCGAUCAUUCAUCAUCCAAGCUUGUGUGCCGGAUUAUCGAAUUGAGAUUCCGAGGAAAGAAUCAAAUUAAUCAGCAGAAAUGGAGAAGGAGACCGAAACUAGGGUUUUUCUAUCACACGAAGAAGAACAACAAGAGGAAGAGCCAUCUUUACCACGUUCCAUGGUGAUGUCUCUCUAUCUCGGCUAUUUUCUUGCUCGAUGGGGUGCAAGAACUUGGGAAUUCUCUGUUGCUCUGUAUAUGAUAUACCUCUGGCCAAACUCUCUGUUUCUCACCGCCAUGUACGGUGCUGUAGAAUCCGGUUCCACCGCCAUUUUCGGUCCCAUAGUAGGCCAAAUGAUAGAUGGAAUGAGCUACGUUAGGGUUCUUAGGCUCUGGCUUGUAACUCAAAACCUCUCCUUCAUUGUUGCUGGUGGUUCAGUCGUUGCUUUGCUGCUUGUUCCUGAUCUCAAGUCUCAGAAUUUCCCCGUUUUCGCAUCGUUGGUCGUGUUGACGAAUCUUUCCGGCGCCAUUGGAGUACUCUCAACUCUCGCAGGCACCAUUCUGAUCGAACGAGACUGGGUUGUGGUUAUGUCGGAAGGUCAUUCGCCAGGGGUUGUAACAAGAAUGAAUUCUGUUAUCAGAAGCAUUGACUUGAGCUCGAAGCUACUGUCUCCGGUUAUCACUGGUUUGAUCAUUAGCUUUGUCUCUCUGAGAGCCUCAGCGAUCACAUUCGCGGCUUGGGCUACUAUAACCGUGUGGAUCGAGUAUUAUCUCUUUAUCUCAGUUUAUAACGGUGUCCCUGCGAUAGUACAAAGCGAUGAGAGAAGGAGUUUAAGGCUGUCUCGAAGGCAAGCAAAAGAGUCAGAUAUUGCAUCUCGUUAUGAUGUUCCUCUUUUAGAAAGAACAGCCCAAGAGGAUGAACACACACAAAGUAGAAGUGGAAUCAUGAGGAUUCUUGAGAGAAUCUCAGAGUCUUCUUUUGUUGGCGCGUGGAGGAAUUAUCUCAAUCAAGAAAUUGUGCUCCCUGGAGUUGCUCUAGCUCUAUUGUUCUUCACUGUCCUCAGUUAUGGAACAUUGAUGACGGCGACAUUGGAGUGGAAAGGGAUACCAACUUAUAUCAUUGGUAUAGGCAGAGGAAUCAGCGCAGGUGUGGGAUUAGCUGCUACGGUCGUGUACCCUAUUAUGCAAUCCCGUCUCUCGCCGCUCAGAACCGGACUCUGGUCCUUCUGGUCUCAGUGGAGCUGCCUUUUGGUCUGUGUUGGAUCAAUAUGGGUUGAAACGGAGAAAAUAGCAUCAUACAUGCUCAUGGCUGGAGUUGCUGCUUCUAGGCUUGGCUUGUGGAUGUUCGAUCUUGCUGUAAUCCAACAGAUGCAGGAUCUUGUUCCGGAAUCGGACCGUUGUGUGGUUGGAGGUGUUCAGAACUCGUUGCAAGCGGCUCUUGACUUGAUGGGUAAUCUCUUGGGUAUCGUUGUAUCUAAUCCUAAGGAUUUUUGGAUAUUGACGUUAAUCUCAUUUGCUACGGUUUCGUUAGCCGGAGUUCUCUACACAGUUCAUCUCUACCGAAUCCGAAAACAUAUAUUUCACCUGGAGAAGAUUCCUUUACUGAACAAAUUUUUUGCUUCGUAAUUAUUCAACUUCAUUACUACUCCCUUUUCAUCAAAAAAAACUUAUGUCAUGUUCAAAGAACGUGCCACCAUUUCACAUCUCAAAUAAAAACAUCUCCCUACUUUUUAACCCACGUAAGAUUAUUAUAAUUAUAUGUUUUGACCAUCGUCCACCUUCGGUGUCCUCUCAACGUAUAGAAUCUUCUGACCUAUACUCAUCAGCUUCCGUUCAUGUGUUUCACGGCUUGUGCAGCGCUAUCGGCGAUUUCAAACUCGAUGAAAGCAAAACCUCGCGAGUCUCCUCUGAAAUCCUUUGCUAGAAGCGAUCUUAUGAUCUUUCCGAAACCCGAGAACAUCUGAAUCAACAUUUCUUCAGAGACUUGCGGAUCAAGAUUGGCUAAAUACAAACUCGUGAAUUGGCUUGGACAAACUGAAGAUCUGUGACGAAUAUCAUUGUUACCCAUCUUUAGCUCUCUUCCACACCUUCAUAAUGAGACACGGCGGAAGACCAUUAAACAUAAUCGCCAAUAUAAUCGCCACCGUCACCAGCAUCGAUAAAAGCAGCGAUGACGUCAUUUCCCGUCAAUAAUUUGUUCUAAUUAUUUCUGUUGUGCUCUGUUAUUGUACUCUGGUUUUCACUCUUGUACCAAGAAGAGAACCGAAUCAGAGACGGAGAAAGUGAAGAAUGCAAUUAAGUAUAGUGAGAAGGAGUC